AUAUUAUGUUAUAAUCCCAAAUAAAUAUUAUUAUAACUCCAAAUAUAUUAUGUCACUUUUCACAUAACACUUACAUGCGCACGCCAAUUUUAUUUUUAAAUUAACAUAAUGAACUGGGUUUUUGAGAAUCGUCUUUAGGUCUCUCAAGGUAAGAGGCCGAAAUGUUUAUUGUCUUUGUUGUGUAAAGUCAAAAGUGGGGAAAGUGUGUAAGGAAAUUUCCAGCAAUCUUAAAUUUAGGUUAUUACCUUAUCUUCAUUAGCAGAAGAGUGAUAAUUGAUCAACCUCUUCUGGUGAUUACUAAUUUUGUAAAAACAUAAGGUACCUACUGGACCAGGAGAAAUAUGCCUUCUUCUCUUGUAGCAUCGACUAUACAAUGGAUUGGGUCCUUGUUAAUUCAAGAGGGACGAAUGUUAUUUGAGGUGGAAGAUCAAGUAAGAAGUUUGCAAGCAGAACUUGAACUAAUGCAAGAGUAUCUUCAAGAUGCUGAUGCAAUGCAAGAAAGGAAGGAAAUUUACACCUUGAUCAAGCAAAUCAGGAAACUUGCUUUUGAUGCUGAAGAUAUCAUUGAUACUUAUAUCUUGGAAGUUGAAGCAAAGGCUAAUUUCCUAGGUAAUAUGGGCUGGUUUGUGAAAUUUGUAUCCACAUUACAUACUGCACCUCGGGCCUAUAGUUUAGGGAAGCAGAUAGAAUUGAUACAAAGUAAUGUUAAGAGAAUCACUGAUAGGUUAGUUGAUAACGGAGUAAGAAGAAUCAAUAAUGUAUUUGAUAUGAGAUCAUUAAGUGACCCCGAAAGAUGUUCAAGGCUAAAGCCGCGAAGUUAUUCUUAUGAUGAUGAUGGUGAGAAUGUUGUUGGGUUGGAAAAAGAUGUUAAAAGGUUGGUGGAAGUAUUGAUGGGAGAAGAGAACACUCAAGUAAAUCUUGUUUCAAUUGUUGGUAUGGGGGGCUCGGGGAAAACCACCCUUGCUAGGAAACUCUACAACCAUCCGUAUACCAAGGAAUGCUUUGAUUGUUGUUCAUGGGUUUAUAUCUCUCAAGAAUGGAGUGCUAGGCGUGUAUUAUACGAAAUAUUGAGGAAGGUUAGUUUCCCUAUGGAGAUAUCCAAGUUGAAUGCCGAUUCAAGCUUGGACGAGUUAGUAGAAAAGCUCCGGAUCAUUCUAGAAAAGAAGUCAUAUUUUGUGGUUUUGGAUGAUGUGUGGAGGAAAGAAGCUUUAGAGGAAGUACUUCCUGCCUUCCCGCUAUUGAACAACAAUAAGGGGAGCAAAAUUCUGAUCACCACUCGCAACAAAGAUGUUGUUCAAUUCCAGAAUCUUCAAAGGCACCUAUAUGUGCAUGAGCCACAACCACUUAGCAUGGAGGAAAGUCGGGAGCUAUUUUGCAAAAUUGUUUUCAAUUGUCAGACAAAUUUUGAUAAUGAAAGCUAUGAGGGUUUAGUCAAGGAAAUGCUUAUGAAAUGUAAUGGCCUUCCAUUGGCUAUAGUAGCAUUAGCCGGGAUCUUAAACACAAAAAGAAGCAUACAAGAGUGGCAACAAGUGAAUGAAGCAGUACGAUCUAGGGUCAUGGAAAGUAAUUGUACACACUUGUAUGGCAGAGUAGGGGACGUGUUAGCUCUAAGCUAUAAUGAUUUACCUUGUGAUCUCAAGCCUUGCUUUCUUUAUCUUGGUGUAUUUCCCGAAGAUUGCCAAAUUCCGGCUGGAAUGCUUACAAGGAUGUGGAUUGCUGAGGGUCUUGUCACUGAAAAUGAGUAUAUGUCCACAGAAGAUGUUGCAAUGCAACAUUUAGAAGAAUUGAGCAAAAGAUUCUUAAUUCGAGUGGUGAGGACCAAUUUCAAGGGAGCCAUUAAAACAAUACACAUUCAUGAUCUAUUGCAUGAACUUUGUAUCAAAAAGGCUAGAGAACAAUGGUUUUUUCGAAUUUCUACUCCUAACGUCAAUUUUGCUGCCAAUGAUGCAUCUGCAAUCAACAUCCCAUCACGUAGAGUCGCUCUCCAUUCCAGCACACAUUUUCCUGCACAGGCUCCAAACUUGAGGUCACUUGUAAUACUGACAAGAUCAACUAUAAUACACUCUGCCUAUGUCUCUAAAGAAGAAUUAGACUUUGGUAAUCUCCAUCACAAUUUCAAGUUGCUUAGAUUGUUGAAUCUUUGGGGAAUUAAGACUCCGACUGGAGCUUUGCCUUCACAAAUAGGAUGCUUAAUACACUUGAGAUACCUUGGAAUUCGCGCUUCAAAUAUUACAGAACUCCCUAAAUCCAUUGGAAAUUUGAAGUAUUUAUUGACUUUAGACUACAGGAAUGUUGAGUCUAAUAAAAAUGUUGAAAUUCCUGAUAUCUUGUACAAGCUUAAGCUACUUAGGCAUCUAUAUUUGCCAAUUGAAUGCCCUUGGAGUCUUAAAGACUUAAAGUUGCAUACACUACAGAACCUGCAAGUACUUUGGGGCAUAAAAUGUGAAAAGGGUAAAUGGUUUGCAAGAGAGAUGAAAAAGCUAAGCACAACUCUGAAGAAGUUGAAGGUUGUUGUGUCAACGGAAAUAGGUUUGGAUUCGGCCUUGAGUUGCCCAAGCCUUAUGUCUGAUACGCUUCAAUCAUUUUCCUGCAAGUGGAAUUCUGGUGUUGUAUUACGUGUAAAUCGAAGUUUCUCUCACAACCAACAUUUGCACAAACUGGUAUUGGUAGGGAGAAUAGAAGUGGAGAAACUGUCUAACAUAUUGCCCUCGAAUCUUUUGGAUUUGGAAUUGAAGGAUAGUGCUCUAGAAGAUGAGGAUCCCAUCGUAGUUGCUGGAGGAUUGGCUCACCUAAAGCGCUUAAGACUGUCGAAUUCUUACAAAGGUACUACAUCAAUCUGCAACAUUGGCUCGUUUCUUCAGCUUGAGGAGCUCUAUCUUGAUAACCUCGAGAACUUGAGGGAAUGGACAAUCGAGAAGGGAUCGAUGUUGGGUCUUAAAAAACUUGAGAUUGGUAAAUGUAGAAAGUUAGAAAACUUUCCUCUAGGCUUGAGAUUUGUGACCACCCUCCAACAACUCGAGUUUCACGAAAUGCCUGUUAACUUUGGCCAAGAAGCGGCUACGUAUGGAUGGUCUCAGGCAAGGUAUAGGCUGCCCCAUAACUUGAACAUCAUCAUUGAGCAGUGUGACACUCUGCUUGACAUGUCCUCCAUUCACAAGAUCUAUGAGCAACUCAGUACGGGAAUUUUUAUAAACGACAAACAGAAGAGGUUCUGGGUCGUUAAGAAGGCAGAUGGCGAGUACUGUAAUUGCUUCAUGUUGUGUGUAAAAGCUCUCAUACUGUCAACGAGACUCGAUAUUGAUGGUUUACCAGUGUCGAUAACCGAUUGGAAUGACUGGGAAUGGACUCAAACAAACAAAAGAGAUGGUUCAUUGACUGAAGUGGCAAAGCUAAAAUCCCCUGUAAUUGUGCUUAAUGUGGGUGGAACAUUCAACACUGAAGAUCUGUCUCCGAAGCUCGCGUAUACAAUCAGGUAUGUGAUCAUGUUAGAUGAUUCAGUAUCUGUAGAGGUUAUGCAUUCUCUAUUUCUCCUGCCCAACGGAAAAUUUCAGGAGCGAAGACAUGAGUUGAAUGACAAACCCAGGAAAAAAUGGAUAGAAAUUCUAAUAGGUGAAUUUGAUACGCACUCUAAACCUAUUAGGACAGCAGAAUUUUCCUUGCAUUGUACUUGGCAAAAGCCUACAAAGGUCGGGUUUUCCAUCAAAUCCGUCCUUAUUGAACCUAUACUUCUUUAGAGGUGAAGCCAGGCAUUUAAAGCAAGAGGCCUGAUAAGCCAGACUUAUAAAAUAGGGAAGGGGUUGCAAAGCUAGAUCAUAUUGUAUCUCAGGAGGAGGCCGAAAAGUUAAACCAUAGUUGUUGCAACUGAGAUUUGUUAAAUUGAGCUAGACUUAAUGUCAAUGCCAGCUAAUCGGGGAAACACAAAGGUGCACUUACUUCACAAGUCAAGGAGAUACCAUUCCAAAACCAUAUGGCAAUGGGAGGAAGAGCUCCAAUGACUUAUAAAAUGUACGUACAAUCUUUAACUCAUCGAUGUGGGAUAAAGCAUCCCAACAAGGUCUGAUCAUUUAUUCCCGAAAUUCAGAAAUGCUCAUCUUAUAAGCUUAUAAAUUAUGCCAUUUCAUCCCAUUUUGACUCAUUGUUACUCAUGUGACUUGGUGGAGUUUCAUCUCCUGAGCACAGAAGUACAGAAUAUGACACCAUGACUGACAAACUAUCUUUCAAAGUGUGCUUGGAGAAAGGUGAAAGUAACUAAAGCUCUACAAAAACAUGAUCAUCUUUGCUUUCUUUCUCUACUGUUCUUUUACAUUAUGUUUGGAUAGGAGAAAAGGAAUGGAAAUAGAAGAUUGUAUUUCCUUCAUUUAGAUAACGGAAGGGAGGAAAAUGGAUGGACGAGCACUGGAAGGAAGAAGUUCUUUACAUUUUUUUAAAAAAGCACGUUAAUUUCCCUUCCUUUUAUUUUCCUUUUAAAUUGUUAUUCAAAUAUAUAAUAUUUAUGUAGUUUUAUUAUUUUGAGUGUUGAUAGUAAUUAGCAAGAUUGUGACUUACAUUUGAAGUAAAAUAAUUUAUGGGUCAAAUAUCCUUUAUUUUAUUACUUAUAUAAUAAUAUUUAAAGGUGGGUUGUAACUGAUUUUCCAAGACAUAAACCUUCUUGAUAUAGUAAGUUAAGAGUGCAACCCCUUAUGUUCUGUAGGAAAAUUUAGAUGGUAAAAUAGUGAAUGGAUUUAUUUGGGGAGGAAGAUGAGUGAAUAUGUAGAAUGAAUAUUGUUCUUCAUUGCACAAAAAAUUGAUUACAUCAAUGGGUAUUUAUAGUGCAAAUUUACUAAAAUAUCUUAGAUAUUUUUAAUUUUUUAAUUACUUUUCUAGUUACUUCCAUUAUAUUAUCUUAGAUAUUUUUAUUUUUUAAUUCUUUAGUUUAGAUAUUUUUAUAUUUAAAUAAAAUUCUAGAUUUUUCUAGAUUAUUUUAACACUCCCCCUAAUCUGA